CUAAACUAGAAAUUUCAUGGACGCAAAACCCUCCAUCACCACAAGCUCUCCCCCACCCACCUAAACUCACUUAUAUACAAAUAUAUAUGAUUGGAAUGGAUUGAUUUGAUCCAAGAUCAAAUUCUUUUUUAUUAGUUUGUGGCUGCCUGAGUUGAGGGAAUUCGAUUUCGGUGAUAUAUUGAUAGAAGCUGCGAUUUUGCCUGGUGGGUAAUGGGUAUUCAUAAAAAUUAGGGCUUUUGUGGAACAUGCUCACUCUGCGACUGAUUCGCAGGUUAGGCGCCGCACACUGUAAUCUCGCCACCGCAGCUGUUUCUUCAUCCAUUGGAAAAAUUAGUUCUGCUAGCAGUAGAGCUGGAAAACCUAGUUCGGUAGAUGAGCCUGCAUUGAUUAAGCUAAAGAAGGAAAGGGACCCUGAGAAAUUGUUCAAUUUGUUUAAGGCUAAUGCCACAAAUAAGGUUGUUGUUGAGAACCGAUUUGUCUUUGAGGACACCGUCUCUAGGUUAGCUGGGGCGGGCCGGCUUGAUUAUAUUGAGAUUUUGCUUGAGCAUCAGAAGACUCUGCCACAGGGUCGUCGGGAAGGGUUCAUUAUACGAAUUAUAAUGUUGUAUGGUAGGGCGAGAAUGACUAAGCAUGCUGUCAAUACGUUUUGUGAUAUGCAUUUGUAUGGUUGUGCGAGGUCUGUUAAGUCGUUCAAUGCUGCUUUGAAGGUAUUGACUGACUCUCGGGAUUUGCAGGCGAUUGAUUGGUUUCUAAAUGAUGUUCCUGGUAGAUUUGGAAUUGUGCUAGAUACAUAUUCUUUUAAUAUUGUUAUCAAGGGUUUCUGUGAAAUGGGUAUAUUAGAUAAGGCAUUUCUUGUCAUGGCUGGGAUGGGAAAAUGGGGACUGGAACCUGAUGUUUUUACGUACACUUCGCUUAUAGAGGCCUGUUACAAGUCGAACUGUCCAGAGAUUGCAAAUGGAUUGUGGAGCCGGAUGGUAUUAAAAGGGUGUCCUCCAAAUAUUGCGACCUUCAAUGUGAGGAUUCAGUUUUUGGUGAAUAAGGGGCGUACAUGGGAUGCUAAUAAGUUGUUGGAUUUCAUGCGGAGAUUGAAGAGAUCUCCUGAGUUUCCUGAUGAGAUCACGUAUAAUUUGGUGAUCAAAGGUUUCUGCAAAAUGGGAAAUCUAAAAAUGGCUAUGUAUGUGUAUUCUGCUUUUAGGAGUGAGGGAUACAAGCCAAAUCAAAAAAUUUACCAAACCUUGAUUCAUUAUUUCUGUGAAGCAAGAGAAUUUGACAUGGCAUACAACAUGUGUAAACAAAGUAUGGAGAACAACUGGUAUCCUAGUGUGGGUACCAUCUACAAUCUGAUUGAGGGCCUGGUCGGAGAUGGAAAACUUGAUAAGGCAAAACAUAUCUAUAGUCUUGCUUUGAAAAGGAAGCCUCCUUUUAAUCCGGCUCAAAUUGAAUUUAUGAAAUCCAUGCUGUCAAGGAAAUGACCUAUUUUAUUGGAUGGGUCAAUCGUCUCAUAGGGAGGAAAUUGGAUUGAUUAGUUAUGAAGCAAGGUCGAUUGGAGCCUUGCCUUAGAGAUACCACCUCCGAUGACUGCAUGUAAUUUCUUCAGUCUGAUUCUGGUUCUGCCCAAAUUAGUUAUUAUGUUUGAGCUGAUUGCCAGAUGCAUCAGAUGACUCAUGUUUGAUUAUGCUGGAGCUCUAACAAUUGGUAAAUUGAAGGGCUACACUAAUUUUUUUGAUGCAGCUGUUUGCUGCAUGUUAGUUUAGAAGAAUACAUAGGAACGUAUUAUGGUGGAUUGCCAGAGUGAGCUUGAGGGAGUUACGAAACAGGGUGGUUAGUUGUUUUGUAUAUGCAUUAAAUCUCUAAGAUAUAGCGACCUCACUAGUCUUACGAGCUAGGUUGUAUUAGUGCCUCGGCUUGCUCUGAGCAACUCCCUCCUGCUGAUGUUCCAUAUUGAAUUCUAACCCACACUUGGCAGAUUUAGCCUUAACAAAUUCUUUUGUAACAUGAUUGAGCUCUUGUUUAAUAAACAUCUCAUUUAGCUUUUUAAA